GUGGACGCUGUGGGAAAGCCUUACUUUACCGCUCCGGGACACCGAGUGGACAACGGCAUGGCUGCUCGUACACUAUGACAGUUAUGGUGCCUGACUCCUCCCCCUUUCCCCACGUGACCCCCGGCAUCACCCUGGGCAUCACCCUGGGCAACCUCACAGUGACAACAUUGUUCAACAACUGUAUCCAUAGUGACGAUGACUUCAAGUACCGCGCCUAUACCUACACCUACCUGUUGGUGUUUCCUGUGGCAUUUCUAAGCAACGGAGGGGCUCUGGUCGUCUUCCUGUUUCUGUCGCCACGACGAUCCGCCUCCUCCGUCCUCAUGACCAACCUCGCCCUGUCAGACGCCAGCUUCUCCCUCACCCUGCCGCUGCGAUUGGCCUAUUACUUCCAGGGUGCACACUGGAACUUCCCUGAUUGGCUGUGUCGGAUGUGUGUGUUCUGCUUCUACCUGAACCUCUACACCAGCGUUCUCUUCCUGACCGGACUGAGCGUGCUCAGAUGGCUGGCUGUGCUCCGCCCCCUGCAGCACCGCAGCCAGGCCACGCCCACCCGUGCCUCAUUGGCCUGCCUGGCGGUCUGGCUAUUUGUGGGCGGGGCCUCCGUCCCCUUCCUCCUGCAGGGGGUGAAGGAGAGGACGGGGCUUCCUCGCUGCUUCGAGCCCUCGGGGCUGUCGUCAUGGGAACGUGUCUUUGCCCUCAACUACGUGGCGCUGGCUCUGGGCUUCCUCCUCCCCUUCCUCACCCUCCUCAGUUGCCACGGCAGCAUCGUCCGCCGCCUGAGGGCGUCCACGUCGCGCCUGUCGCUAAGGCGACGCGGGAGGGAAAGUCGCUCGGUGCGUUUGGUCUCCAUGGUGACCGUCACCUUCCUGCUCUGUUUCCUGCCCUACCACGUGGCUCGGACCAUACACCUGCACGCCAUCCGGGGAGUGUGGCCCUGCGGCACCAUGGUAACGGUGCAGAGGGUGUUGGUGGUGACAUUGUGUCUGGCGACGGGAAACAGUGUCCUCAACCCCCUCCUCUACUACCUGGCUAGCUCCGCCUUCAGAACCUCCAUCAGCUCCGCCCCCCUCUGGAGGAGCAGGAAUUGGUCCAUGUCCACUUCCUCUUUUACAACCUGGAACGGAAACAGGGUGGCUGUGAGAGAGAGGAGGGCCACACACACACACCAACCCACACACACACCAACACACACACACCAACACACACACACACACAUGGUGAUGAGCUGCCUCAGACACACACACACAUUCGACCACACACACUCAGAUGAGCAACUACACACACACACACAUAGUAGACCACACAGACAGACCAGCAACCACACACACAGGCCGGCUAGCCCCUAGUACACACACUCACAAACCAGCACGAGCACACAUAUCUUACAUAUAAACACAGCCAGUGAAGUGGCAGCCAGUGAAGUGGCAGCUGUGUUUACAAGUCUAAAUCUUUCCUUAAACAUUUACAUUUAUUCAUUUAGCAUCUUAUCCAGAGCGACUUACAGUAAGUACAAGGACAUUCCCCCCGAAGCAAGUAGGGUGAAGUGCCUUGCCCAAGGACACAACGUCAUUUGGCACGCCUGGGAAUCGAACUGGUAACCUUCAGAUUACUAGCCCGACUCCCUCACCGCUCAGCCAUCUGACUCCGUCAUCUGACUUAAACUGUGCUUAUAUAGCUCUCAUUCCAGCCCCCUCUCUCCUUCUCUCUCCUCCUCUUCCUUUCUCUCCUUCUCUCUCCUCCUUUCUCUCUCCUACUCUCCUACAAGCCCUUUCUCUCUCCUCUCUUUUCUAUUCUUGUUGGAAAUUAAGCAUCUAUUAUCAUGUAUUUUCAUGUAUUAUAUCAGGUCUUAUGUAUUAUAUUGUAUUUAUGUCUACUGUGUAGCUGUUGCUAGCCAUGUCCUGAUGAUGUAGUUGUUCAGAGUAACCUUGUUAUAAGGUGCACGUGAUAAAUAA